UGAUAUCAGCCAUUUUGAGCAUGCUAUAAAACCACUGUUUUCCCUGUGCCUCUCUCAUUUACUCCGGGGAUUUCAAGAUGUCUCAUCGUAAAUUUAGUGCCCCACGUCAUGGUUCUAUGGGUUUCUACCCAAAAAAAAGAUCCCAACGUCAUCGUGGUAAAGUAAAGGCUUUCCCAGUCGAUGACCCAUCAAAACCAGUUCAUUUAACUGCUUUCAUUGGUUACAAAGCCGGUAUGACCCAUGUUGUACGUGAAGCUGAUCGUCCAGGUUCAAAGAUCAACAAGAAGGAAAUUGUUGAAGCAGUAACCAUUCUUGAAACUCCACCAAUGAUGAUCGUUGGAUGUGUUGGUUACAUUGAGACACCACAUGGUCUUCGUGCCUUGACAACUGUCUGGGCUGAACAUUUGUCAGAAGAUUGUCGUAGACGCUUCUACAAAAAUUGGUACAAGAGCAAGAAGAAGGCUUUUACCAAGGCAUCAAAAAAAUGGCAAGAUGAUUUGGGACGUAAAUCAAUUGAAAAAGAUCUUAAAAAAAUUGUCAAAUACUGCAAAGUUGUUCGUGUUAUUGCACACACUCAGAUGAAACUUUUGAGACAACGUCAAAAGAAAGCCAACAUCAUGGAAAUCCAAUUGAACGGUGGUACCAUUGCUGAUAAAGUACAAUGGGCACGUGAUCAUUUGGAAAAACCAAUUCCAGUCAACAAUGUCUUCGCUCAAGAUGAGAUGAUUGAUGUUAUUGGUGUUACCAAGGGAAAAGGAACAAAAGGUGUUACUUCACGUUGGCACACAAAGAAACUUCCCCGUAAGACACACAAGGGUCUCAGAAAGGUUGCCUGUAUUGGUGCAUGGCAUCCAAGCAGAGUAUCAUUCACUGUUGCUCGUGCUGGUCAAAAAGGUUAUCAUCAUCGUACUGAGAUUAACAAAAAAAUCUACAGAAUUGGACAAGGAAUCCACACCAAAGAUGGAAGGGUUAUCAAAAACAAUGCCUCAACUGAGUACGAUUUGACUGAAAAAACCAUCACACCAAUGGGAGGUUUCCCCCAUUAUGGUGAGGUUAACAACGACUUCAUCAUGGUCAAGGGAUGUUGCAUGGGACCAAAAAAACGUGUCAUUACUCUUCGCAAGUCUCUUUUGGUUCACACAAAACGUGCAGCAUUGGAAAAGAUCAACCUCAAGUUCAUCGAUACCAGUUCCAAAUUUGGUCAUGGUCGUUUCCAAACUGCUGCCGACAAAUCAUCUUUCAUGGGUCAACUCAAGAAAGAUCGUAUUGCCGAAGAGCAAAAAGAACAAAAGGAAGCACAAACAACAACUGCAUAAUUAUCUAUCAAUUGUAUUUGUUAACAUGAUUUUUAAAAUUGAAUAGACAAUUAUUAAUUCAAACCACAAACAAAUUUGUAUUUUUUUUUUUUUUUAAAUCAUCGAAACAGUCAAUUAAUUUUAAUUUAACAAACAGAUUAAAGUAUCUGUUAAAUGCAGUCAUUAAUUUAUUUAUUUUUUAACUUAUAAAUUUAUCAUUUACUAUUAUUAUAAUAAACAAAAGAAAAACAAUUAUUUUAUAUAUAAAAA